CAAGAUGGCGGACGACGUGAAGUGGAUGGACGAAGCAAUUCGCUUGGCAAAAGAUGCUUUGUUGGCUGGGGAAGUUCCUGUCGGAUGUAUAAUGGUAUACAAUGAUGAAAUAAUAGGAAAGGGAAGAAAUGAAGUCAAUGAGACUAAAAAUGCCACAAGACACGCAGAAAUGGUGGCCAUUGAUCAAGUUAGAAACUGGUGUCAAAUGCACAAUCUUGAUGACAAAAGUGUACUACAAAAUACAAGCUUAUAUGUCACAGUUGAGCCAUGUAUUAUGUGUGCAGCAGCUCUGCGCUAUGCUGGCAUGCACAAAGUCGUAUAUGGAUGCAAGAAUGAACGUUUUGGUGGGUGUGGUUCGAUUUUGAGCAUCCACAAUGACAACUACUCCAAAGAUGGCUGUUUGGAAAAGGACCAAGGAGUGAUCCCUGGAGAACCCCUUGAGUGUAUCUCAGGAAUGCAUGCUGAAUUGGCUGUUAAUCUUUUGAGGGAGUUUUAUAAAGGAGAAAAUCCUAAUGCACCAAACCCAAAAGACAAAUCAAAGAAAAAAAAUUAGAAAAUUGAGUUUUAUUUCAAUGUAAAAUUACACUAAUACUGCAAAUAUUAAAAAUUUCUGAAAGCAAAUAGUUGUUAAA